CUUUGCUGGUGAAGAAGGGAAGACCAUCCAAGAUUAAGGUUUUUUUUUCUCCCCUCCGCUAGUCUCCCUUCUUCAUCCGUCCAGCGUGAAGAAAAGCAGCGCAGAGAGGAGUCCAGGUCUGCUGCACAUCAUCAUCGCCCAUCAUUCAAUUAAAUGUGCAUAUGCACGCUCCUAAUUGGCAGCUGGUGGAGUGCACGUCAAAGACGCCCGAGCGCGAGACUGUUGCUACAUCGUUAACGCUGACUCGUGCACAGCCGACGUUCCUGUGACCGCAGGUGUGCGCAGUACUGACCGCGGCAUCGACAACUGUAGAUGCCACAUGAUGGGUCAGUGGAGCCCAGUGCGCGAGACGUGGCUGCUGUUGGCGCUUGUGGCGGUGAUUCACACCUCAUGGGCAGCCAACUCCAUUGAUGUGCUGAAGCUCCUGGAGUUCUCCGAGGCCAUGGAGGGUGUUUCGCUGGAGGCAGGUCUGUGCACCAGCAGGAAAGACAGGGAAGAGACGGAUCUCUCCUUUAAAAUUGACAAGAAAAUUCAACUGAGUGCGCCCACCAAGCAGCUAUUCCCAGAUUCGCCAUUCCCUGUGAAUUUUACAGUGAUGACAACAGUUCGAGCUGCAAAAGGCUCCCAAGUCUUUCUGCUUUCCGUGUAUGACCCACAGGGCACACAGCAGCUGGGUAUAGAGAUUGGCCGGUCUCCCGUCUUCCUGUACGAGGACCAUGAGGGUCAGCCAACUCCCGAACUUUACCCCACCUUUAAAAAGGUCAACCUGGCUGAUGGCAAGUGGCACAGAGUAGCCUACAGUGUGGAGGGCCAGUCUGUGACUCUCUAUCUGGACUGUCAGAAGCUGGAGACCCUGGACCUGCUCAGAGCACAUGAGCCCCACAUCAGCACAGAAGGAGUUACUGUGUUUGGAACUCGCCUGCUAGACGAAUUUGUGUUUGAAGGAGACAUCCAGCAGCUGCUUAUUGUUGAUGACCACAGAGCAGCAGAGACGUACUGUCAGGACUACAUCCCAGACUGCGAAGCACCUUUGCCUUAUGACAGCGUAUUACUCGAGGGUGAAGAGGAGAGGGCACCUAAGAAACAUGUGGUGGAAGAGUUUGAGGAGUUUGACUACAGCGAUCUCUAUGACGACGUCUCAACCUCCACAGUGGCCGUCGGACCUAAUGUCACAGAGUAUGAGAUCGUAGAGUACGAGGACUAUGACAACACCACCGAUUACGAGCAAGUGAACGAGUAUGAAUAUGUGGAAGAGUACGAUGAGCGUUAUGGACCGGCUCAGAAAGAACGGGAAUAUUCUCUUAACACACAGGACAUGCCAGAGAAAGGACAGAAAGGAGAACCAGGCUAUUUGGGAGAGGGGACGCAGAUCACAGGACCACAUGGACCCCCAGGACCUGAGGGAGAGACAGGGCCUCCUGGAAUCACGGGACCAGUGGGAUCCCGAGGAGACCCCGGGGAACUGGGCCCUCCAGGGCGGCCAGGCCUUAACGGAGCUGAUGGGAUACCAGGUCCCCCGGGCAAUGUCAUGCUCCUACCGUUCCAGUCAGGUGGUGAUAAGAUGGGGACUGUGGUUUCUGCUCAGGAGGCCCAGGCCCAGGCCAUCCUGCAGCAGACCAAGCUAGCCAUGAAGGGACCUCCAGGACCUCUCGGCCUCAGAGGAAGACCUGGACCACUGGGUGAACCAGGUCCUACUGGGCUGAAGGGGAGCAGUGGAGAAAUGGGGCCGCCGGGUCCUUCGGGACUGUCAGGUAUUCCAGGACAGAACGGGCGAUCUGGGAAACGGGGCCGGGCAGGUACAGAUGGGGGCCGUGGUGCAAUAGGAGAAACUGGAGCAAAGGGGGAUCGAGGUUUUGACGGCUUGCCUGGUCUCCCCGGAGACAAAGGACAUAAAGGGGACAGGGGAAAACCAGGUCCUUCAGGUCCUUCGGGAGAAUCAGGAGAAAAGGGUUCUGAGGGGCCAUCUGGACCAAGAGGACAGCCAGGUGAUGCUGGCUCCAGAGGUCUGACUGGUCCCAGAGGUCGUUCCGGUCCCCCAGGCCAGCCCGGGAUUCGGGGAAUUGAUGGGGUCCAAGGCUCAAAGGGAAACAUAGGACCAGCCGGAGACAUCGGAGCACCUGGGCAGCAAGGCAACCCUGGAAUUGUGGGCUUUCCUGGUCCCCAGGGUUUAGUGGGGCUGCCAGGAGACAAGGGGCCUCAAGGGAAGAAAGGCGUGCAGGGCUUACCUGGAAACGAUGGGCCCUCUGGUCAUCCUGGAAGGGAAGGCACCCCAGGUGAAAAAGGACUGCCGGGUCCUUCAGGAGUCCAGGGGCCUGUUGGAUAUCCUGGACAACGAGGAGUUAAGGGAGCUGAUGGAGUCAGAGGAUUAAAGGGAAGCAAAGGCGAAAAGGGUGAGGACGGUUUCCCAGGAGCCAAGGGGGAGAUGGGAGCAAAGGGAGACACCGGAGACAAUGGAGUCACAGGUGGACGAGGAGAAGAUGGACCUGAGGGACCCAAAGGACAGUUGGGUCCUCUAGGAGAAGCUGGCCCUUCUGGUACUUCUGGAGAGAAGGGGAAACUGGGAGUUCCUGGGCUACCAGGAUAUCCAGGGCGACUGGGGCCAAAGGGUUCAGAUGGUUUCCCUGGUGUACUGGGAGGUGUAGGAGAGAAAGGAAAAAAGGGUCCUGCAGGACAACCAGGCGGUGUUGGCCAGAGAGGUCCAAAUGGUGCACGAGGUGCCAGAGGGGCGAGAGGACCGACAGGGAAAUCAGGAGAAAAGGGCUCCUCUGGACAAGAUGGACCAUCAGGAUCUCCUGGAGAGAGGGGACCCCAAGGGCCUCAAGGAAGGAAUGGAGAGCCAGGACCUAAAGGAUCACUCGGUCCAGGUGGGAAGGAUGGACUACCAGGUCACCCAGGUCAAAGAGGAGAACCGGGAUUCCAAGGGAAGACGGGACCUCCUGGACCCUCAGGUGUUGUGGGCCCACAGGGAAACUCAGGAGAGUCUGGCCCAACAGGGGACCGGGGUCACCCGGGGGCACCAGGAGUACCUGGAGAGCAUGGUUUGCCUGGGGCUGCUGGGAAGGAAGGUGGAAAGGGUGACCCAGGUUUACCCGGGAUAUCAGGGAAGAGUGGCCCUACAGGACUAAAGGGGUUCAGGGGGAGCCGAGGAGCACCUGGAGUUAUGGGGCCUCCUGGUCUGAAAGGAGGAUCAGGACCUACAGGAACGUCAGGAGCCAUAGGUUCAACAGGCGAGAGGGGUCCUCCAGGAGCAGCUGGUGCCAUUGGUCAGCCUGGCCGAGCCGGUACAAUUGGACCAGCUGGACCAAUGGGAGAGAAGGGGGAACCUGGAGAGAAGGGUCCUUUUGGACCAUCAGGUGAGGAUGGAGAGCAGGGACCUGGUGGGAUGCUUGGAGCUACGGGUCCUGCUGGACCUCCAGGAGAUGAUGGGGAUAAGGGAGAGCAAGGAGGUCCAGGACAGAAAGGCAGCAAAGGAGACAAAGGAGAAGCAGGUCCCUCAGGCCCCACUGGUACUCAAGGGCCCAUCGGUCAGUCAGGUCUCCCAGGUUUGGAUGGAGAGCCAGGUCCCCGCGGUCAGCAGGGCAUGUAUGGGCCGAAAGGAGACGAGGGACUCCGUGGAUUCAAGGGCUCCACGGGACCUUUAGGAUUACAGGGUAUGCCAGGCCUUCCAGGAGAAAAGGGUGAGAGCGGACAUGUAGGACUAAUGGGUCCACCCGGGCAACAAGGACCCACUGGCCCACAAGGACCUGUUGGGGGACAGGGUCCAAAUGGUCGCGUUGGAAUGGUGGGACAGCCAGGAGUUGUUGGAGAGAAGGGGGAAGAUGGUGAGGCAGGUGACCCGGGACCAGUUGGUACCCCAGGAAGAGUUGGAUUAAAAGGAGACCAGGGGGAGAAGGGAGAUACAGGUGCUUCAGGAGCACCUGGUCCUCCAGGAGCCAGAGGUCCUACAGGGCAGGAUGGAGCCAAGGGCAAUGCUGGUCCUAUUGGCCUCACUGGAGACCUUGGACAGCAAGGAGAAGCUGGACCCAAUGGUGUGGAUGGUCUGCCUGGGUCUAAAGGAGACACUGGAGAUCCUGGAAAAAAUGGACCACCAGGAGCAACAGGGGAACCCGGACCAUCUGGAGCUCCUGGGCGAAGGGGACAUUUGGGUAAACCAGGAAAGGAAGGAAAAGCAGGCAUAAGAGGAGUAAAGGGUGCCCCUGGCUUGGAGGGUCCCAUCGGGAAAACAGGGCCUGUAGGUGCACAGGGGCAUCUUGGGAAACCUGGUCCCCAGGGUCUAAGAGGGAUUCCUGGCCCUGCAGGCGAGCAGGGUUUAAACGGACCACCUGGUCAGACAGGACCACCAGGUCCCAUGGGUCCGCCAGGGUUACCAGGAUUGAAGGGAGACCCCGGCAGAAAGGGAGACAAGGGUCAUGGCGGUCUCAUUGGUCUUAUAGGGCCACCAGGAGACAUUGGAGAGAAAGGUGACAGAGGACUGCCAGGAACCCAAGGACUGCCGGGUCCAAAAGGAGAUGAGGGUCCAGUUGGUCCCGCAGGUCCCUUCGGUCCCCCUGGUCCCACGGGUCUCUCUGGUAUCAUUGGUCUAAAAGGCUCUAAAGGAAACCAGGGUCCUAUUGGUCCCAGAGGAGACAUUGGACCUGCCGGGCCUCCAGGUCCACCAGGACUGGCAGCAGUUGGAAUGGACCCUCUGCCAGAGCGAGGAAGAAGAAGGAGGACCCACACUUUGGUUGAUGGUGCUGCACUUGAACAGGAGGAGGAGGAGGAGGGCGAGGAUGCAAUAUAUGGAGAAGAGGAGGAAUGGAUGCAGGGGGACCAGGCGGAGCAGGACGGUUGGGCGAAGAAUGAUGGCCAAGACAUGCAGGAGGUGUUUGCAUCUCUGUCAUCUAUGAAAGUGGACGUGGAGGGUCUACGUAACCCACAGGGAACUUACCACAGCCCAGCACGCACUUGCAAGGAGCUCUGGCUCCUCCAUCCAGAGCUCCCCAACGGUGAGUACUGGAUAGAUCCCAACCAGGGCUGCCAUCGAGACUCCUUCAAAGUGUUUUGUAACUUCACUGCACAGGGAGAGACAUGUCUGUACCCUGACAAGAAGUUUCAGUCGGUGAAGUUGGCUGCCUGGAAAGGGGAAAAACAUGACACAUGGUACAGUAAAUUCAGGAAAGGAAAAGAGUUUUCCUACUCUGGAUCAGAUGGCGUUCCGAUCCACACCGUCCAGAUGACGUUCCUGAAGCUGCUGAGUGCCACAGCAAAGCAGACAUUCACCUACCACUGCCUCAACUCUGCCGCAUGGCUGCACACCGCCACCUAUGGCCACGAACAUGCACUGCGCUUCAGAGGCAGCAGCGGGGAGGAGUUGACGCAUGAGAACACACAUUACAUCAGUGCACUGUACGACGGGUGUCAAACACGCUCAGGGCAGGAGAGGACUGUGUUGGAAUUUGACGCGCCGCUGUCCAGUACACUCCCCAUCAUCGACGUGGCAGUGUCCGACUUUGGAAACGGGAAUCAGAAAUUCGGUUUCCAAGUUGGCCCGGUCUGCUACAACGGUUAACUGAGCCGGGGGAGUUUGCAGCAAGAAUAAUUUAAUAGUUAAAAAAAAAUAGCUGUGGACACUUUUUACAUGCAGGGAGAAAACUACUUAGAAGACAUACAUGAUGUCAUAUAUUUAUAAGUUGAUUUACCUACAACAGUAUUCCUUCUCUUAAACAAGUUCGAUUCAGAUGCACAAGAAUUCACACAUUCCUCACUGGCUUCGUCAUAGCUGACUCACAUACAGUGUGUCUUUUUUGGGGGGGUUUUUUUUCGAGAAAAGUGUUACAUUUUUGAAUGCUAACCUCUCGGUAACCUCUGUGACACAGAUUAUUGUUUCUCUCGUUCCUCUUCGUAGGAGGGAGUGGUGCUCUCCGAAUAAUCCACAUCUGUUCACAUAAUUAUCUAUGCACUCAAUGCCCAUUCACACACAAGUCUCCAAACACUAUAAUCAGUGAAUCAUGCUCACAAAUAUUAACAUAUUAACACUCUUCAGCCACAUUCACCCACCCUGUUCUGUCAUCAUCAAACCUCAAUUUGUUUUGUGUUGUUGUUGUGAUUUUGUUGUUAUAAUUAUCUGUUAUGUGAUGUAUGUCAGAGUGUAAUUCAUCGCGGUGCUAUUAUGACACUCCCUGCAGAGUACUUGCCUUUGUUAAAGGGAACUGGGUCAGUGCAUUGUUUUUUUUUAUACAUAUAUAUAUAUUGUGAAGCCAUGUUUUAUAUUUUUUCAACAUAAACAAACUGUGGUAUGUGAUUGCCUCAGGAUCUUUUAUUGAUUCAUCAUAUCAUUGUGUGGAGGAGUGACUAACAUAUUUUAAUAAAAGUUCAUAAUGUACAUUUAAGUUAACAUGACGAGAUGUAGUUUUAUUUUUUGACCAGAUUGACAUACAAUGCAUAAUAUUCCAUUUUAUUUUGACCCACAACCUCGGUUCAGACCCCUGUAUAGCAACAGCAAAAUGAAAUGUUGGCACAAAUGUUUAUUGUCUCCAGUGAUAAUGACUUUUGUGAUAACCCUGAGUUUUUGCUCUAAUAUUUAGGACUACUAGUCUAUUGUAUAUACACAGUCCAACAAAUGAAUGCUGAUGUAUUUUGUGAUCCUCUGCCUUCACAAACACUGUGAAAGAGCCAAGACAUGAAACCAGGUUUUUCAAAUAUCAUAUAAAUGGCUUUUUGUGUUCA